UACAGUGCCAGUGUGACUGGCAGAAUGUCGGAGAGCAGCAGAAGUUUCUCAGAUCACAACCUGACAGAAGAGAGACUGAUUUAGUGAGAUUGCAGCUGAACAUAGCAACUGCAUCCGAACGACCUGCUAGCACUGUCAGAGCCGGCUUAGAGGUCGACUAACAACGGCACAACAGAAUCUGAACUUUCAGCAGCCUGAGCAGAUAAUAGUCUCUUGUUGGAAACAUUGGUUUGUCUCUGGGCCCAAGUGUAUCAGUCAGUAGGCCUGGCCAGGCCCAGAACUCAGGAAAAGGACUAAGAACACAAUGGAGUGAAAUAAUAGGGAUGCUGCUGGCUUGUUGGAUAAGGGAGGAAGUUGUCAGGGACCCAUAGUUAUUUGUAAUAUAUAGAGUAUAAGAAUAUUUGUAGGACUUUUUUUUAAAAAAAGGAUAAUUUUGCCUGGAGGAAGCUGGAGGCCUCUGAAAGCAGAGAGGCAGACCUGACGCACUGUUUUCUCUCUGGGCUGAGUCCCUUCUAUUGCCCUCUCUUUUGUCCCUUUCUGAGGUUUGUGAAGACCACUGACAAGGAGACACUUUGCAUGCCCUGAGGCAGCUACCUUCAAUUUUACUUCUAACCAGAGAUCUAAGAAGAUGGGCAGCAGUUUGACGCUGGUUGGGGCCCUCUGGGCUUUCCUAUCCUUUCUCACAGCAGUUGCCAGCUCGGCCAGUUACUUUAUGCCCUGUUGGCUCGUUGGUUCCCAGAUGGGGAAGCCGGUUUCAUUUGGCACCUUCCGACGGUGCACGUACCCAACUCGGACGGAGGAGAGGCACCUGGUGAUGGUGGAAGAAUGUGGGAGGUAUGCCAGUUUUGGGGCUAUCCCCAGCUUAUCCUGGCAGAUCUGCACCGUGGUGACGGGAAUUGGCUGUGCCUUGCUGCUCCUGGUGGCGUUAGCAGCCAUUCUGGGUUGCUGUGUGGAAGAGCUCAUCUCUCGGAUGAUAGGACGCUUCAUGGGGGCAGCCCAGUUUGUAGGAGGGCUGUUGAUAAGCUCAGGCUGUGCUUUGUAUCCCUUAGGAUGGAACAGCCCAGAAAUACAGCAGACGUGUGGGAAUGCCUCCAAUCAAUUUCGGUUAGGAACCUGCAGACUUGGCUGGGCAUAUUACUGCAUGGGAGGUGGGGCGGCUGCAGCCAUGCUGAUCUGUACCUGGCUCUCGUGCUUCGCCGGAAAACAUCCCAAACCCGUAAUGUUAGUGAAGAGCAUCAUGCAGAGUGCAAAUCCAUAUGGAGUGGAGCUCGAGUGCUGCCUUAAACAAUGAGCUUUCCCGGAUACUCUCCUAAAAAAGGAGGAGGAGUGGUGGCCACAUGGUCCAAACUUCUCUGACUGAUACACGUGAACUCCCACUUUUCUGUCGACAGCAGGGACCGAAGACUGCUCCCAACUACUGUUGCAUAUCUGGGCUAACUCCAUUCGGGUGGGAUUGCUUUAGAUUUACACGAGUGUAACUGAUAGCACAACUUGGCUACAAUGAUCAUAGAAACAAUUACAGUCUCCUUGCGGACCAGGCUCUCAGAACAAGAGGCCAAUUUCCUCUGCACUGUGACUCCCUUGAAAUCAGGGGAUGAAUUUGGUCCAAGGAAAAUAAGAAUUCAUUUCAUGCAUUCUCUGAAUGUAAGAUAGAUCUCCAUUAAUAAUACCACCUAACUCUUAUCUAGCAUUUUUCCUCAGCAAAGCUCAGUGUUUUACCAAUGAGGGCAGUAUCAUUAUCUUCAUUUUACAGAUGAGGGAUAGAGAGGUGAAGUGAGUUGCCACACAGUAGGUUAGUGGCAGAGCAGAAAAUAGAACCCAGGUCUUCUGUGUCUCUGUCCAGUGCUCUAUCUACUUGACCACACCGCCACAUUCAGUGGUGUGUUUCAGGCUGCUUUGCUUUGCUCAGCAGGCUGGUUAUGCCAGAUUAUGGUUGUUUUACAACUGACUCAUUGAAUCAUAGAAUAUCAGGGUUGGAAGGGACCUCAGGAGGUCAUCUAGUCCAACCCCCUGCUCAAAGCAGGAACAAUCCCCAGACCAAUUUUUACCCCAGUUCCCUAAAUGGCCCCCUCAAGGAUUGAACUCUCAACCCUGGAGCAGUGCAGUACUGGUACAGAAACAGGAAACUGAGCCCCAUGUGUAGGGUUUAUCUAAAAUGUCUCAGGCUGGGAUGAGGCUGAAGCAAGGAGAGGGAGGUGCUGUAGCUGUGUUCCUUGCAUCCAAUCUUAAAUAUAGGAGCUUCUCCCUUCCCAAACCUAGCAAAGAUAUAGAGUUUGUCCAUCUAGCAUGUGUAUCCCUAGAUGGAGUUACGAUAAAGCUGGCAGUGAGUGGUAUAUAUAGACUGUUCUGUAGUAAUAUGGAGUUCUGAGUUGACUGAGUUCCUCUCCAUGGCUAUUGCAGGGCCUCAGAAAUUUGAAGAUUGUCUCCAGAGUAUGGUCAUCUUAGGAUCACUGAGCACUUCAUCAGCACCAUAUGCUGCAAAAUCCAAUGAAGGGCAUGCUCUGGGCUUAUAAACGUGUGUAUUCCUUUAACCCUGCAGGAGAACAUGCUGGAGAAAAAGCUUGUGUGUUUGCAUUUAUAUUCUUAUUGCAAUGUCUUGUAAAUAAAGGUUUAUGACCAUUUUCACCCACAGGAGUGAAACCCACGUCAAUUGCUGUAUAUUACACCCAGCAUUAUAGACGUUUAUUAUCAUUUAGUCAUGUAGCUAUUCUGAUUGAGUAUGUGACUCUCCAGAGCUAUCUGAUCUUGUGUAUACAUGAAGUGACAUAACUGGGAUCCUUUUGGAAAGAAAUGUGAGGUUACUAAUGAGUAUUCUUUUAAUUUCUGCCAGAAUCAUGUAAUUUGAGGAAGAUGUCCUAAUGCCUUGCAUGGCAGAAUCUCCUGGGGUUACUGCAGUGCCCUCUGGUGGACUACAGGACUG